GUCAGUCUAUACGUGAGAGUCGUUUGAAACGGCUGUGGUCAGCUGUUCAUGGAAACCUAUAAAAGUGAAUAAUAAUAAAAAAAGAAACAACAAAAAAAAACACAUAUUACACAAAUCCGAAAAAUAAUAAAUAAAAAAAAGUUAAUUGAACGAAAAAGAAAAAAAUAGAAAUUUAAACAAAUUUACUACAAUUGAUUAAUAACAUAAUCAUAAUAAAGAAAAUACAAAAGAUAACUUACACAAAAUGGAUAUUCUUGUGGAAUUAAAUUUCAAACACAAAAAUGCCACUCGACUUUCAAUAGCAAUUGGUGGAUUUUUGGCCUAUCUAUUGGUUAAAGACAACACCAAAUUGAGUAUGGCUUUGGGAGCUAUAUUAGCGUUAAUGUUUAAAAAUAUCACAUUUGUAUAUGCCUUCUUUAGUACCGUUGAACGGGAUAUAGUAGCUGGUAUACGUUUUCUUAUCUUAAAUAUUUACAUUUUAUAUGUGGAAAAGAAAAAAUGGUCUAUAGCUCGAAUAUUUCAGCAAAGAUGUCGAGAACAUCCCCAAAAACCCUGCUUACUAAUCGAUGAUCGUAAAUUAACUUUUCAAGAUGUGGAAGAUUAUUCGAAUAAAAUGGGAGCUUACUUCAAAGAUCAAGGUUAUCAAAAAGGUGAUUGUAUAGCCUUGCUAAUGGCCACACGACCCGAAUAUGUAGCCACCUGGUUGGGUCUUUCGAAAAUUGGUGUAGUAACCGCUUUAAUAAAUACCAAUUUAAGAAAGGACACCCUUUUGCACUCCAUUAAAGUGGCCAAAGCUAAGGCUAUUAUAGUGGGCACUGAAUUGGUGGAAGUUUUUAAAGAUAUUUCGCAGCAAGAAGAAAUUAAAACUCUGCCGAUUUAUCAGUUCAGUGAUGAGGAACAAAGAAUCAAUGCCAAUUUGGAAGUAAUGAAAGGAGCCUGUGAUUUAACCGAUAUUUUGGAAAAACAAAAAUUAGAAGACUUAUCUAUGUAUAUCAAUGAUUGUAAACCCAGAGAUAAACUUUUAUAUGUCUAUACAUCGGGCACUACGGGCAUGCCCAAAGCGGCUGUUAUUAACAAUUUAAGAUAUCUUUUCAUGGCUGCCGGCACACAUCAUAUGUGCGGCAUUCGUAAGGAUGAUAUUAUCUAUAAUGCUUUACCACUCUAUCAUACUGCUGGCGGUAUUGUGGGUGUGGGUAAUGCUUUAAUACAUGGCUGCACGGUAGCUUUACGCAAGAAAUUCUCGGCUACCAACUUCUGGAAAGAUUGUAUUAAAUAUAAUGCCACUUGUGCUCAAUAUAUCGGUGAGCUGUGUCGUUAUUUGUUGAAUUCACCCACCCGACCCGAGGACACUCAACAUAAGUUGCGUUUAAUGUAUGGCAAUGGUUUGAGACCACAAAUUUGGUCACAAUUCACUACACGUUUUAAUAUUCCCUCUAUUGGCGAGUUGUAUGGUUCAACGGAGGGAAAUUCUAAUUUGGCCAACAUUGCCAAUCAAGUCGGUGCGAUCGGUUUUAUACCCAUUGUUGCUCGCAAUCUCUAUCCAGUACAAGUCAUACGUGUAAACGAAGAAUCUGGAGAACCGCUACGCAAUGCAAAAGGGUUCUGUAUACGAUGCAAUGCCGGCGAAACAGGUCUACUAAUUGGUAAAGUAGAUCCACGACGAGCCGUUACAGCAUUCCAUGGUUAUGCAGAUGAGGGUGCCUCAGAAAAGAAACUUUUAAAGAAUGUUUUCAAAAAAGGCGAUGUCUUCUUUAAUUCGGGCGAUAUGGUGGUGGGUGAUAUUUUAGGAUUUUUCUAUUUCAAAGAUAGAACUGGUGAUACAUUCCGUUGGCGUGGUGAAAAUGUAUCCACUCAAGAAGUAGAAGCCAUAAUAACAAGUGUCAUAGGACUGCAGGAUUGUGUGGUCUAUGGUGUGGAGAUACCUCAUGUUGAGGGCAAAGCUGGCAUGGCUGCCAUAGAGGAUCCCGAUCGUAAAAUCGAUUUAAAUAAUCUUUCGGUCGGCAUACGUGGCAGUCUUCCUCCCUAUGCCCAACCAUUAUUCGUGCGAGUCAUGGAUCAAAUACCCCGUACGGCCACUUUUAAAAUGAAAAAACGUGAUCUUAUGUUGGAAGGUUUUAAUAUGGAUAACAUCAAAGAUCCUUUAUAUUAUCUCAACAAAGAUGGUCUCUAUAGACCUUUGACUAGAGAACAAUAUCAAUUACUGCUCGAGGGUAAAGCAGGUCUAUAAUGAUAUUUUUUUUGGACUAUUCCCUAUUUUACCGCUGUGUAUAUUAUAUUGUUAUUAAUUAUCCUAGGAAAAGUCAUAAUUAUUAUUUGUUUUUUUUUUCUUUUUGUAUAGGGAACCAUUUUGUUUUUAAUAUGUUUAUAAAAAUAUUAAAUUCCUUUAAAUUACA